AUGGAUGGAAUGGAGAGUAGUCAGUACAAGUAUUUGCGAGUCAAUAAGUUUUUUUUAUACUUCAUCGGUCAGUGGCCUUAUCAGACUAUGUUGGAAAAGAUUUUAGUUGGCGUGCUUUUCAUUCCGACCAUCGCUAUUCAGACGAUCCUUCAGGGUGGAGGGAUGUUUGGUGGGUUGAACGUAGGCGACAUCGACGUGUUCAUGGAGGGUUUUGCUCCUUUCAUCAUAAGCUGGAUGUGUAUUGCCAAAUUUGUCAAUUUCAUUUUCAACGGCAAACAGAUGAGGAAUCUUUUGAACAUAAUGCGAGACGAUUGGAGGAUAUAUUCGGUAGCAAGCAACGAGCUCGACAUUCUCGAACGACAUUAUGCAGUAGGAAAGAGAAUUACUUUCAAUUAUGCAGCCUCUCUAUUCGGAUCAAUGACACCCUUCAUGAUGGUACCAUCGCUGUUGAACGUAGCCGACGCAUUGGGAUUCUACAAUCUAUCCGGCGAACGGCCCCUAAUGUUUCGCGUCGAAUAUUUCGUGGAUGCGGAGACGUAUUACUAUCCCGUGCUGAUACACUCGUACUUUGGCACCGUGGCGUUCAUCAUGAUCGUCGUCGCAUGCGAUUCGAUGAUAGUACUUUACGUGCAACACGAGUGCGGACUAUGCGAGAUUCUGGGGGAUCGACUACGAAAAAUCGUGGAAGAUAAAGGCAUAAGAGAUAUAGAGUUGUAUCCUGACAAGCGCGAAGACACACCGUACCAGAAUGUCAGAACCUGCUCAAUGCUGCACAAACACAUAAUCCAAUUUGGUAGAUCUAUUGAAGAUGCAAAUACGGUGUCCCUCUUCUUCCAAUUAGGAUUCAAUUUGGUCGGUGUGAGCUUCACUCAAUUCCAGGCGGCAGUGAAUUUGGACACACCAAAUAAAUCUCUCAGGUAUGCUUCGUUUACGAUGUGCUUGUUAAGUAUCCUUUUGCUCGAUAGUUGGCGAGGGCAACAAUUAAUGGACUCCACUGAUCGCAUCUUUGAAUAUACGACAAGCGGCAAAUGGUACCAGUCGUCUAUCAAUUCCAGAAAACUACUGCACGUAAUGUUGGCAAAAAGUGUAACACCUAUUAAAGUAACAGCUGGCAAACUGUACACCUUAAAUUUAGAAAACUUCACGUCGGUCCUACGAACAUCAUUUUCUUACUGCAUGGUUCUGUGUUCCUUUCAAUGAUUAUCAAUCAUUAAUUACAACAAUUAAUAUCUGUCGAUGAAGGGCGACAUGCGAUGAACGAAGGAAACGUGACGAUAUAAAUGG